UGUUUCCUGUCCCUGGGGGAAGGAGUGAGAGGAGAGAUGAGCUGCCGCUGCCGAGUGCGCACCUCUUUUGAGAGCACACACACCUGCCUCUAUGGAGUUCUGCUUGGCUCAGACAUGCCCCCAAGGGAAUCAUGAAGCCCCCUCCCCCACCUUCAGCACCUUCCAGCCCAUGAACUUGACCCAGGGGAGAUGCCAGGACCUGAAUUUGGGGAGCAAGCCCAGCAUGCAGGCUGCUUCUGCCUCAGCCCCAGGAGCCGCCUGGGUCCUAGGGAAUGCUGACAAGGAGGAAGAGGUACCUGGGAAAGGUGGUCUGUCACUGCAAGCUGAGACCAGAGCAUGGGUCCAGAAGACCCAGUCCCACUGGCUCUUGCUCAGGACCGCCCCUGUUUGGUUCCAUGGCUUCAUCACCAGGAGGGAAGCUGAGAGGCUGCUGCAACCCCAGCCUCAAGGAUGCUAUCUGGUGCGCUUUAGCGAGAGCACUGUGACCUUCGUGCUAUCCUACAGGAGCCGGACCUGCUGCCGUCACUUCCUCCUUGCCCAGCUAGGGGAUGGGCGUCACGUGGUGCUGGGCGAAGACAGUGCCCACGCGCAGCUUCAGGACCUGCUUCAACACUACACAGAGUUUCCCCUCAGCCCCUAUGGGGAGACGCUCACCCAGCCCCUUGCCCGCCAGACUGCCGAGCCGGCUGGGCUUUCCCUGAGGACCGAAUCAGACUCUGGAAGCAAAAGACAGGAAGAUCCAGACAGCCAACACAAGCUACUCAUCCAACAGGGGCAGGCCCAGGCCCCAGCACACAAAGAGGGAGUGUGGGCCUCCCAAGCCAAGGAGACUUCACAGGGAUCCAGACCCAGGCCUCCCAUUCCUGCCAAGCCCCAGCUUCCUCUUGAAGUCUAUACACGUCCUACUUCACGACCCCAUCGGGCUCUACCUGUUCACCCCAUCUACCAGGAGCCUGAUGAACCCAUAGCCUUCUACGCCAUGGGACGGGGCAGCCCUGGAGAAGCCCCCAGUAAUAUCUAUGCUGAGGUAGAAGGGCCAUCGGGAAUGGCACCCACUGGGCACCCCACCCUCCAGAAGUGCUGGUCCAGGCCUAUCUCAGGAGGCCAAGCAAAGGGAGGAGACAGGCUGCAUUCUGAGAACUCUGUGACAGAGCAAGGCCCUCUCCCUCCUCAUCAGCCCUGCCCCUGGAAGUAUACCCUUUGUAGACAGGUGCUUCAGAACAGAGAACAGGCAUGGCUCCUCUCCGGCCUCAUCAUUACGUAGUAUGUCUGAUCUGAGAGAGGCUAGCUAAGGGUAUUUUGUGCCCUGAGACCUUCAUAUUCGCCUGGUCCUUUCUUAGGAAAGGCAGGUGGAUAGACUACAGGUGAGCUGUGCCCCUUCAUCUACCGCAAGGAUGGCAAGGAGGUGUCAUGCCGCAUGCCAACUCCAAUCCAUUGGUCUCGGCUGCCUAGAGCGCGGCAUUGGAAAGGAUAUUAAGGUCACGUCCCAGCUCAGCAGAAAAGAGCACCAUGACUGAUGAGUGAUGUCUGCUGUGGGUGCAGGAGCGGCAUUUCUUUUGCCUGUAUCAAUUAAGUUCAAUUCCCUCAUUAUGCAAAUAAUGAAACGAAGCCAGAGAGGGAGAAGGUCUGGGCCAAGGUCAAGGAUUAAAACCUCUGUUCAGGGUUCUCUGUCCUCAGCCUGA